CCAAUGCGUCUGCAGCAUAGGCAUAAGUCAUUUGAAUGAUCAUUGAUAGGGCGAAGGUAUGGAUGAAAUUCAGGGACCAGUUUUCUUGGUAGCCGCACGUGAGGUAGCUAUCUGUUUUGAGGUGUCUCUGUUUUUGGCUUGCUGAAGCUGGGAGUCCCACUCAUGUGCUAUGGGAUCAAUGGGAUCUCGGUCGACCAUAGAAAUGAUCCUGAGGCUAUGAUGAAAGAGCCAUUUAAGCUCAGCCACUGGCUACGUCCAUCUCGAAGGCACCACAUCGCGAAUCAGUUUCUUCAGGACACGGAACAUACGUAUUCUCUUAUUACGAUAUCCUCUGCAGAUGCCCAAAGGCGCGGUUUAUUACCACGUAAGAUUUUUCCUUUCAAAGAUCAGCAUUAUAAACCUUUUGUAGCUUCUCCUGGGGACGAUGCCGGGAAUCUAGAGCUGAAGAGGCCGAGGUGUCACAUUGACAUCAAGGAAAUUGAGCACAGCGAGCGCCAAUGUGGCAUAUUAUUGAAGUCGGGAGAUGUAAACCCAAUUGAAGUGAUCCAUGCCGCUGCUUCAGUGACAGAUUGGAAUGACCUACAACUGCACUCUGCAGCCAACGUCUUGAUUGCACAGAUCCGUUCACUUCUCCGUUCCAGCCAAUCACCAUGGGAGAAAAUGAAUCUUGUGCCCCCUUCAGUAGCGAAACGGGUCAUUGAUACGCUUCAAUGGGAGGUGGAUUACGCAUCAGAAAUCGACAACUACCGCAGACGCUGUAUCAGUUGUCUUCAAGCAUUGAGCAGGAUUCAUGUAAUCAUCCCGACAACUUGCUACCUUGCCAGUGAAGCAAUUACGAAAGAUGGCGAUGAUCCAAUUUGUGGCAGCGCAUCUUGCGAUACUUGGAGAGGUAACCUCGAGCUAGAGCGCCUACCUGUAUGUUUGAAAGUACUCAGGUAUUUUCCCACGAAUGUUGGUCGCGGCUCAUCGUUCAAGGUAAAUAUCGAUAAAUGUCGUGUUAAACCGACUUUGAUCUGGUGUCUAUCGCAGGACCAUCUUAAAGAAGUUAUGGUGUGGAGACAGGUGCGUCAUCCGCGUAUUUUGCCGCUCUUAGAUGUCAACGAGGACCUUUUCGCACCCCGAUUUUGUUUGAUAUCCUCCUGGAUGUAUCAGAGUAACAUCAUCGAGUAUCUGCAACGAAAUCCUGACGAUGUUGAACCUACGCGACUGGACUUCGUAGAUUUCCGCCUGGGGUCUGCAAGCCGUAAUGAUUAA